GCUUUGCUCCUCGGCCGGGCAGCUGGUGCGCGGCUGGGCUCGGCGAGGCUGGCGCCCAUUCCCCGCCCCGCCUUCGGCGACGGACUCUCUGUGUCACUCCGGCGUGGCGUGGGCCCCGGACCAGGGAGACGGCCUUCCCGCCUAGGCUCCAGGCGCCGCGGACGAAAGACCAGCUCCGCGCGGAUCGAGGACUGGCGCCACUCUGCCUUCUGCUGCUGAUUUUCUCUUCGGGCUUUAACGGGAAGCUCAGAAAAGCGAAGAGCUGUGUCUACGGCAAGACCUUGCUGAAGACGUGGUUGCAAAGAAAGGAACUUGUGAGGCUGGGGGACGGCGCCCAGGCUUCCUGUGGCCCUGCCUCCCCGCGGACGGAAAGAUGGAAAAACCCACAGGCAAGAAGACAACCCAGGGCCCAAAGGAGGACGCGGCUGCGCAGAGGGACUCUGCCAAGGACCAGAAGGCGUCCGGGGGCAGAGGGCCUGGCAGGAGAGCCGCUCCGGCAAAAAAGCACCGCAGGGAGCCCAGCCUGAGUCCCGAAGACGAAGCCCACAUAUUCGAUGCCUUCGACGCUUCCUUCAAAGAUGACUUUGAGGGGGUCCCCGUAUUCAUUCCUUUUCAGAGAAAGAAGCCCCACGAGUGCGGCGAGUGCGGGCGCAUCUUCAAGCACAAGACAGACCACAGUCGCCACCAGAGAGUUCACACUGGCGAGAAGCCCUUCCAGUGCGCCCAGUGCGGCAAGGCGUUCCGGCACAGCUCCGACGUCACCAAGCACCGGAGAACCCACACGGGAGAGAAGCCCUUUAUGUGUGGGGAGUGCGGAAAAGCGUUCAACUGCGGCUCGAAUCUCCUGAAACAUCGGAAAACCCACACUGGAGAGAAGCCCUAUGAAUGCAAGGAGUGUGGGAAAACCUUUGCUUACAGCUCGUGCCUCAUUCGGCAUCGGAAGCGGCACCCCCGGAAGAAGCACUGAGCGCAGGGAAGCGCUGCCGCCUCUGCUGGGCACCCACGAGGCUGCAGCCCUCGUGCCUGUCCCUUCGAAGACGUUGGUCUGCAGCCUCUGGGCCCACGGGGUCCCCAGCCCGUCCCCGUGCAGGCUGGCCGGAGGGCCGUGGCCCCGAGCCGGACAGCAAGCUGUCUUCUAGGAGGACGCGGAUGCUGCCUGGGCAGGACCAGAGCCCCCUUGUCCCCACUCGGCUCGCUGCAGUGCCGUCCUCUCGGGCUGCAGUGCCAGCCCUUGGAUUCCAGCCCCACCCCGCGGAGCUGGAUGCCCUGUGCGUCCUCCCGGCCCAGCCUCCAUCCCAGAGACGCGGCCCAACUCACACAGAUGACCACCUGGGACACGGCGCCUCAGGCCUGACAGCUGCCCCGCGGGAGCGUCCCCCCCCCCCCGGUGGCCAUGGGCUGGGGUCCCCGCAUGCUGGCGGCAGCUUCCUCCCAGCCUGUGCCUGCCGCCCGGAGCCUCCG